AUGGCCUCGCCGACUCUCCUUAAGGAGAAACCCCCAAAGCCCACCUCGCCGACUCUCACUGCCUUGGGGAGUGGCAAGCUGCGAGUCACCUGGGCUGUUCCAAGCGCGGCGCCUCCCGUAGAAGCUACUCAGGUCCAGCUUACAGACGUGGGCACAGGCAAGAAAUGGCUCAUCGACCUCACCGGCGCCUUGGUGUCCAGUGGCCGCACCAGCUUCGCGCCCUCGCGCACCGAGGUGAACAUUCAUGGAGUCCAGGACUGCGUGGAAUAUGCAGCAGAAAUUUGCUGUCGCAAUGCCGAGGGCUUUGGAGAGUACUCCAUGUCCAGUGACAGCGUUGCCAACAUCGACGCCAAGGGGCAGAUUGGCGGCAUGCAAUUGGUGAUCCAUGAGGGUGCCUCAACUGACGUUCCAGUCAUGGUCCCACAGGGAGAUGGCAAGAUGAAGGUCAGAUGGACCCUGCCGGAAGAAGCCAAGCAGACCAUCGUGAAGCGCCAUGGCGUCAAAACCUGGCCCCGGCUCAUCUGGCUUCGCCGCGUCGGGAACCAGAACUGGUAUCUCUGUACAGGCGGUGCCAUUGCAGCGCCAGCCUCCGAAACCUUAGCCACCGGCCUGGAGGAAGGCAUUGAAUACGAGAUCUCAACGCUGCACGCAUUUUCCAGUGCCAUGGGCUGUAACUCAGGCAAGUCCCUUGAAGCUGCUCCGAAGAUGGAGACCAUUGGGAACAUCAUCAAGGACUUCCCAGUGCGCCUGCCAGCACUCCCUGGUGACGUGUUGAUCAGUGGCAACCUUCCAACAGAGGUGGUGGAUCAGCUUGCACCGCACUGCAAGGGCUGGCUCUACGUGAACCCCGAGUCGGACCCGCACUUCAUGGGGGAGACCAUCAAAUCUAAGGGCAGCAGCUUGAAAGUGGUGCCCUUCAAACCUUCCAAGGAUCUGGCUCCUGCCGUCAUUGACCAGCUGGUGAGCGCAGUCCAAGACCUACCCAGGCCAUUGAUGAUUCAGUGCACCUCGGCCAAUCGCGCGGGCAUUGUGCUGCUGCUGUGGAUGGCCAAAACCAGGGGCUACAGCAAGGGUUGCGUGGAGCAGUUGGUGGCAGACCUCCAGCUGGACACCGUCCGCCCGGAGGCCCUGCAGUGGCUGCAGCAGCAGCUCCCCUCGCUGACGCCCGCGGCGCCGGGAGGGCCGUUGGUGCCGGAGCGGACGGAGAUCAGGCAGCUCUUCGAUGAGGAAUCUUCCACUUUGACCUACCUGGUGAGUUGUUGUGAGACGAACGAGGCAGUUUUGAUCGAUCCUGUGCUGGAGCAAAAGGAUCGGGAUCUUCACAUCCUCAAGGACUUGGGCCUCACCUUGCGGUUUGUGCUCAACACCCACUGCCACGCGGAUCACAUCACCUCUGGCGGUGCCAUCCGCCAGAGGCUGCCGGUCCAAACGGUGAUCUCCGAGGCAUCGGGGGCCAAGGCGGAUCGACAUUUGCAGCAUGGGGAGAUCAUCGAGGAAGCGCGGGCGACUCCAGGACAUACCGAUGGCUGCAUGACCUUCGUGUUGAAGACCAGAAACGCCACCUUCGCUUUCACGGGUGAUACCCUUUUGAUUAGAGGCUGUGGUCGUACUGACUUCCAGCAGGGCAAUGCCCGGCUUCUCUAUGAAAACGUCCACGCACAGAUCUUCUCCCUGCCCGGUGACACCGUGGUGUGCCCGGGCCACGACUACAAGGACCGCUGCGUGUCGACGGUGGAGGAGGAACGACGCUUCAAUCCGCGGCUCACGAAGUCCAAGGAGGAGUUUGUGCAGAUCAUGGAUAACUUGAAGCUGCCGAAUCCCAAGAAGAUCGACGUAGCGGUCCCCGGCAACAUGAUGUGUGGAGUGCAGGAUGAUCCAUAUGAUCCUCUUGCCAUCUGUAAGGAUUGCGAUCAAACGGAGGCGAUGUUCUUAGUUCAUCGUUUCACACGCGACAACCACCUUUGCUUUGGCCAAAAAUAG